UGGGCCUCAGCCUCUGUCAUUCUCAAGCGGAUCGUUUGUUGUCAAAAUGGAGUUCUUGCUUGGAAAUCCUUACAGCACUCCCGUGGGGCAAUGUAUAGAGAGAGCCACAGAUGGAGGCCUCCAGAACGAGGACUGGACACUCAACAUGGAGAUCUGCGAUAUCAUAAAUGAAACAGAUGAGGGGCCAAAAGAUGCCAUGCGAGCACUGAAGAAGAGACUGAGUGGCAACAGGAACUACAGAGAGGUUAUGCUGGCACUAACGGUAUUGGAGACAUGUGUGAAGAACUGUGGGCACAGGUUUCAUGUUCAGGUGGCAAACAGAGAUUUUAUUGACGGUGUUCUUGUCAAAGUCAUCUCUCCUAAAGCCAAUCCUCCUACAAUUGUGCAGGACAAAGUGCUGUCUCUCAUACAGUCCUGGGCUGAUGCCUUCAGGAGUAGUCCAGAUUUAACCGGAGUGGUUCAUAUUUAUGAGGAGCUGAAGAGGAAAGGCAUUGAGUUUCCAAUGGCAGACCUGGAUGCAUUGUCUCCCAUUCACACACCACAGAGAGGCACGCCAGAGGUGGACCCAGCCAUGAUCAAGUACCUUGCCCCAGUCUCACCUGCUGCUGGGAUUCUGAGGCCUGCCCCACCUGCUCCUGCCACCACACAGGCCUCUGGCAUGCCUGGCCCCAUCACAGCAACACCUGAACAGAUUGCCCGGCUGCGGAGUGAGCUGGAUGUCGUGAGGGGAAAUAUUAAAGUCAUGUCAGAGAUGCUAACUGAGAUGGUGCCAGGUCAGGAAGAUGCCUCUGACCUGGAACUACUUCAGGAGCUGAACAGAACAUGCCGGGCGAUGCAGCAAAGAGUGGUUGAGCUGAUUUCUCGUGUCUCUAAUGAGGAAGUGACUGAGGAGCUGCUGCAUGUCAACGAUGACCUCAAUAAUAUUUUCCUUCGUUAUGAGAGGUAUGAGAGGUACAGGUCGGGUAGGGCUGCACGAAACAAUGGGCUGACUGAGAUGUUAACUGAAGCCACAGAGGACAACUUAAUAGACCUAGGCCCAGGUUCUCCAGCUGUGGUCACACCCAGGAUCACAUCUAGCCCUCCACUCUGCUCUGCUGCUGGGACAGCAGCUUCCAAACCCCAUAAUCCUCCUGCAGCUUCUCUAUCCACUGCACUAGCUAGUCUAGAUGUAACUUCAGAGUGUGUGAGUGGCACCCUGUCAUCUCUCUCUGCCCACAACAAAGAUGACUUUGACAUGUUUGCCCAGACCAGGAGCAGCUCUCUGGCUGAACAGCGUAAAAAUGUAAAAUAUGAAGAUCCUCAGGCUCUAGGUGGCCUGGCUUCUGCUUUGGAUGUUAGACAACAAAAUGCAGGAGGGCUGAGGGUAAAAGGGGAUGAUAACCCAGCAGAUCAGGAGCUGCCCAUAGACAGCUGGCUUAUUACCCAAGGAAUGAUCCCCGUAUCGCAGUCCUCUGUCAUGGAUGAUAUAGAGGAGUGGCUCUGUACUGAUGUGACAGGGGAUGCCUCUGAGGAAGGGGUGACCAGUGAAGAGUUUGAUAAGUUCCUGGAGGAGCGAGCCAAGACAGGAGAUCCUCUGCCAUCUCCCCCUGGAACUAACCCUGCUCACCCUGCUCGUGCUCCUAGUGGCUCCCAUAAGAAGGCAGAACGAACAGAGGAUGCCCUCUUUGCCUUGUAGACAGUUCUGAAAGAACCUCAGUCAUCCAUCUGAGCAUCCGAAGGUCUUCGCCCUCAGCAAGCCGCCUCCAGAAAAGUCCUCCUAGUCUCAUUUCAUCGCUGACUGGAAGUGUUGUAGCAAGUGAUCUCCAUGUCCUUGUUGUUCUUUUGCCAGUGUAAAUUCCAGAGGCUAAUGUUUACUGCACACUCUACUGUGUUGAGUUUUACUAUAAAUGGAUGUAUUAAUCUGUUAAUGUGGGAUGUACUCCUUGCAGCCUUGCAGCUCAUUUGUAACCCUCCACUAAAUGACAACAACUUAACUUGUGUCAUCUGGUUGAAGAAUGUGGCAUAGUACUGCAAAAUGAACGGGGAAAUUUUACCGCAGGUCCAUGUAUUCGGUUAGUAUGGAAGCACAUAGUAAAAAUUAUACUGUUAUUUUUUUUUACUAAAUUCCACUAAUGCUUAUUUAUGCAUUUGUUGUUAAUGGUUUGAUCUGUACCAUGUACUAGAGCUGUGGUUAUGGUUCCAUGUUUUUUUGCUUUAGAAACACUCCAUGUAAAGUUUUUGUUUGGCUCUUACUCCUGAGUUGUGUGGAACAGAAACACCUUAUAUUACAAUGUUUGCUGAAAGUGCUGUAAAAGAAGUUAGCAGGCUAAUUUUAUUAACCAGUAAUAUGGGAAAUAAUAUGUAACAUUGAUAAACUAUGUAUCGCCAGCAUUCCUCUGCACCAAAGGGAAUUUUAAAAAGGAAAAAACAACAACAAAAAAACCAAACAUCUAAAGCUUAUUAGUAUCACUUGUAUGCAUUUAAAACAACUAAGGGUAAGGAACGUGUCUGUGAACUAUUUCUCGGUCUUCAGAUGUCUGGAAAACCUACAGUUAAUUAACUGAGAAGAAUAUGAACACAACUUACCCUUUCCAAAGAAUAUUAAGGCUUUAAUGACGAGCUAGUUUUUAAUUUAACUUGUCAAAGAAUAAUAUUUGUGUGCUGCAAAUCUGUAUUUUGUCCUUUAUGUUUUAAAGACUGUUACUAUUUUUCUAAUAAUCUUAAGAAUGACUUUGCACAUCAUUUUUCUAAAUGUGUAAUUACAUUGCUUGUUUGCUACAGUGUGUGGAGAGAUUGACAAGCUUAUGAUUGCAAGAACAUUAAAAAGAUUUUUGACAAAGCCUGAAAAUGGAAGACCAAAAGGAGAUCUUACCAGUAUAAAUGGCAUUGACAGUUAACUAAAAGAUGAAACAAAUAGCUUAAAUUGAUAUGCUGUUGUAAAAUGUGUAAUGAUGUGGGUAGAGCCUCACACACUUAAUGCUAUAUAAUCCAAAAUACUUUAAUCCAAAAUAUAAAGCAUAGGAAUUUUAGUGUCUGUAUCUGGUUAAUAACAUUUUGACUCGGUGUCUAAAACACAAGAAAGGUUUUAUUUGUUUCUGUGGCUGAGUUCAGCAAAGUGACUGACCACAGUUUGCCUUUGCUGUACUCAGAACAAAGUAGGAAUCCAGCAUUUAUUCCAGCACUUGUUAUUUUUAACAUUACUUUGCACUUGAGACUUUUUUCUUUCUAUCCAUUCAAUACCUAAAACCUUGUUAAUCAGAGGAGUCCAUUUUAACUGCUGCUUUUCAAGCUGUCAAAACCUAAAUCUACAUUAAACGUGUUGAAUCAACAGUUUUCAGGAUGGCUCUCCCAUCAGCGGGAAAUAUUUGUUAUUCUUGUUAACAUAGAUGCAAAAGUGACAUCAAAAACGUACAUAAUGAUUAUCAGUACAUAUUUAGCAGUAUUUUAUUCCAGAAAACUUUUCAUUACCAAGCUUUACUUUUCUUUAAUGCUGUAUUGUUACAUAUGGUUAUGUACAUUUCAUAUGGUUGCCAGGUAACUGAAAUAUUAAUUAUAGUAAUUUUUUAUACAAUCUUACCAUGCAGGUUAAGAAAUGACUAAAAAUGUUACCAGAGAUUAUUUAAAAUGGAACUAGAGCAGUUUUCUGUGUUUCAAUCUUUGGAUCUAUAAUAGAGUUGGUUUCUCUCUCUCUCUUUUUUUUCUUUUGUUACUUGCUUUCAUGAAGUUUGCUAAAUGUAUUAAAGCUCUGAAUGUCUUUAAUAUGGAUUUGACUAGUCAAAGUAUGGACAUUGAAAGAAAACUUUGUUCUUGGGGGUACCAUGUUUGUUUGGUUGUACCAUCUGCUGCCAAUACUUUUUAUGCACGUGUGUAACCGCCCAAUUAAAUACUAGCAAUGUGUGACCUCUA